AACAGGGUGCGUGCGAAAGAGUGGGAUAAUCAGUAGUGUUGAGCCGGCAGGAGGCCUUGCCGUAGUAUUGCUUCGAGAUUGUGCAAACCAAGGUCAGGUUGUGUAAACACCAGAAAAGUACAUGGGUCAAAAGAUCGCCUUUUGAGUGAAAAUCCCCUCUUUCAACGAGUUGACUACCGUGGGACCAUGAUGGUGGGACGAGCUGAAGCGAAAAAAAUAUGAACAAACUCGAUAGCCGUACCGUCUAACAGUCCGUGGCGACUACACUCUGUGAAUACAGCUGCAUGCAGUAGACAGUGUGUGAAGUGCUGGUGAACAGUCACUGACGUCAAUUUGUUCUAAAUCUCGUGGAGGUCAGCUUUAAAAGAAGAUGUCUGUCAUGCAGAAGAUUAUUUCUUGUGGGACCAGACUUGAUGCUGUGACAGGACCGUUAACUCGACUAGCAAGAUGCUCUCGAGGAAUUCAUUUGGGUUCGACAGAUUCUGCAGCCAGGAAACUUAUUCCCAAUGAGUAUGAGGAGCCACUUAUCCGGACAUCCAUCCCGGGUCCAAAAUCAAAGGAACUGCUCAAGAACUUGGACAAUAUUACAAAGAAUACUGGGGGCGUUCAAUACUUUGUGGAUUUCAAAGAGAGUCUUGGUAACUACAUCGUGGAUGUGGAUGGUAAUCGCUUCUUAGACACCUUCAUGCAGAUUUCUUCAAUCCCAGUCGGUUACAACCACCCUGCAGUCCUUGAUGCAUUAAGAGACCCUGAAUAUCUGCACAUUAUGGUAAAUAGGCCUGCCCUGGGAGUCUACCCUGGAAGUUCCUUCCCCACUUCCCUGGACCGUGCUCUCUUAUCGGUCGCUCCUAAGGGUUUGAAACAUGUGCAGCCUAUGAUGUGUGGUGCCUGCUCCAACGAGAAUGCCAUCAAGCAGGCAUUAUUAUGGUAUAGGAGGGAAAAAAGAGGCGGUGAUCCACCGACCCAAGAGGAGUUGGAGACUUGUUUGCAUGGUCAGGAGCCAGGCUGUCCCCCAUACACAGUUCUUUCGUUUGACGGUUCUUUUCAUGGGCGGACAAUCGGUUGCCUCUCUAUGACACAUUCCAAGCCAGUUUUUCGUCUUGACAUCCCCUCCAUGGAUUGGCCCUGCGCCCCCUUCCCAAGGCUACAGUAUCCACUUGAGGAUUUUGAAGCUGAGAAUAGAGCAGAGGAAGACAGAUGUCUGAAGGAGGUUGCAAGGCAGAUUGAGGAGAGUCGAGCCAAGACGAGGGAUGUAGCAGCACUCAUUAUCGAGCCCAUCCAAGGGGAAGGUGGAGAUAAUCACGCCAGCUCUUACUUCUUCAAUCAACUCCAGAAAAUAUGCAAAGAGCAUGGUGUUGCAUUCAUCGUUGAUGAGGUGCAAACGGGUUGCUGCACUACAGGUCACUUCUGGGCUCAUGAGGCAUGGAAUCUUCCAGAACCUCCAGACUUUGUUGUCUUUAGUAAGAAGAUGCUCACUGGAGGGUACUACUUCAAAGAGGAGUUUGCCGUAGAUGGGCCCAGUAAAGUAUUCAACACUUGGAUGGGAGAUCCUCCCAAGUUAUUGAUGCUAGCUGCCGUGGUUGACGUCAUCAAGAAGGAGGGUCUGUUGGACUUGGCAAGGGAAUCCGGCCAACACCUUAUGGACGGACUUCAGGAUUUACAGGCAAAAUACCCCCAGCAUUUGUCCAGAGCACGUGGUAUGGGAACCCAUGCAGCUAUAGAUAGUAUCGAUGGAGACACUGCAGCCAAGAUAGUACGCAUGGCUAGGGACAAAGGCGUUAUCAUGGGAGCGUGCGGCAAACAAUCCAUCAGAUUCCGGCCAUCUCUAGUCUUUCAGCCUCACCAUGUUGAUAUCGCCAUAGAUACCUUCAAUGAUGUCUUAAGCCAACUGUGAUUGGGUAUCUCACCAAGAUAGCAGUUUUCUAUACUUUUAAUUAUACCUGUCCUUUAGAGCCAAUAUACUUUGGUCUCCUAUUUUGGUAUGGAGAAUUGUAGGCACUGGAGCCUAUCGGCCCAUAGGGUAGCUGGUAGCUCCUCGGGGGCUGUUGGUUACUUCAGGGGUUGGGCCCGGAGGCAUGGGUUUUUGUCGCCGGUUUCAACCCAAACAUGGGAAACACUGAGUGACAUGUCCCCUUCACAGCUAUCUUCCCACAUGGAACUGGGUGCUGUGGCUCCCGCAGGUCGAUCGGAUGGCUCAGGUGCACGAGUCCCGGCUUCAACCGUGGAAAGAGGAACAAAGCCUAGGGCUGGCAAGGGAAAUCUAAGAACCCAAGCUGAUCCAGGCUUGAAGUGCAAGCACGGAAAAUGGGCUUGGGUGAGCCCCACACCGUUGCGUAGUGUCCAUGCCCGCUUCCUAUAACUCAGCGGCCUCAAGGAUUGGUUCCCCCGGAGCUAUACGGGCUGCUAGCUCCCUCUAGUGGGGAGGGACGCAACACCACAACCCAUGUUGACCAUGACCAUUGAAUUUUGUUGUCUCUUGAAACUCAAACCCAGUGCCCAAUUUUGUGCUGAGCAAUUAUCUAUGCUUAACAGCUUUAUGAAGUUAGGCCUUCCUAGAUUGGAGGAUCAGGAUUCAUUGGAAAAACCAAAGCAGGUUGUUGAAUGUUUUUUUAUAGAGACAAAGUGGAUUGGAAAUAAGGGGAACGUUUGCAAGAAGUGUAGUUCUUAUUGAGGGUCGUUUUGCUUUUUAAAAAACGAAUGAUCCCACGGCCAUUUUGCUUUACUCCCAGUAUAAUUAAAGUGAGGCUGGAAGUAAAAAUUAAACAGGGCCUUUUCCCUUAGAGCUGCUUAAUCACAAACAUGCUAACCAGAUUAAGGUUACCAGCUAAAGUAGAAUUCCACAUGUAACAUAUGUGACUGGUAUCCUGUUCCAUUGCUUAGCAGAAAUGCCUAGCAAUGUUUUAGUGGCUCUAUAUGAAUUUGGGCCAAGUUGCUGCCUUUUUGAUACAUGAGCAGAAACAAUAAAUCAUUCGAAAUUUUGUUCAAUCAAAAACGUAUAGUACCUGCUUAUAUUUGUACAGCAGAAACAGCCUAGAUAUUCUGUGAAUACAAAUAAUGUUUACAACUUCUGAAGCGGCACAAUCUUACCCAGCUGCAACCCAAAAUUGUUGAUGAUAAUAAUAAUAAUUAUAAGUUCCCACUUCCAAAUUAUUCCUUGUUAAUUAACAGAAAUAACAAUUAACCAACGAAUUCCACCAGUUUGAGAGAUGUUUUGCUCACAUGUUUUUGCUAUAAUAAUAAGAUAAAGCUAUAUAUUGCACACAAUCAGAACUUAAAAUAAUAUGAAACCCAAAAUAAUAAACCCACUUGUUUCUGUGUUUUGUCUUUCGAUCAUCGAUUACUAAAUGGAUCACUUGCCAUGUUGUACACUGUUCACCUAGUACAUAAUAAAUUAAUAUUUUUAGCUGCAAUUCAAUCAAGAUUUGAUUUUUUCACUUUUUGUUCACCCAUCUUCUGUGAAACUUAUGUUGAAAUGUAGUGUUUUUCUUUGGUAAAGAAACUUUUAGAGUUCUACACUAAAAUAACAACUAUCCAGUGUAGUAUACGUAAAGUAGCACUGCUAAGUAAAGUAUAGGAUUUUUGUUUAUCUAUACAGUCAAUCAGUAAUAAUGCAAUUCAAAAUAAUGCACAGAAUUGUUAGCAGUAAAAAAAAAAAAAAUUAUUUAAAAGUCAAAUCAGUAAUAGGUAUAUAUAUAUAUUUUUUAACAGCUGAAAUAAUGGAUUUUAACUUCUUGCCAAGGCAGAAAUACAAGUAAGGAGUGCUGGUUUAUGAACAUUUAAGUAAACUCAUUUGUUCAAUAAAGAAAAAAUUAAGUUUGAUAAUUUGUUUAAUAGUUUUUAAUUCUUCCCCCACUCAACAAAAUGAAAAUAAUAAGUAAAUACUUACUAUUCCAAACUUCUGUAAUUUUACACUGAAUUGUAGGUCUAGUGUAUUGUACACCGAUAAUAACAACUUGCAAAUGAUUUCUUAGCAUUUGUUCUUGAAAUUGAGGCUUUGGAUUACCCUAGUUAAUCGGAAGAGAAGACAAUAUCAUGUCUUUGAUCCUCCCCAACUCAAAAAAAAGCAAAGAAAAAGAAAUUAAAUAGACAAAUAAAUAAAUAAAUUAAUAAAUAUUUAAAUAAUAAAUAAACAAACAAGUCAAUCAAUCUAUGAUAUAAAUAGCGGUUAUAUACAAGCGAUUAUACAAUAGACAAAAUCAAAAUAAACAUAAAACUCAUUGGCUGAAUAAAGAAGUAAAAUAUAUAUUA